AUGGCUGAAUUAGCUGUAGUCCGUGUGUCUUUGCAAUUAGCUUGGAGUCUACUUUCCAAUAGACUUAUAAAGCGUUUAAAUACAGGAGUUCCUUCGGACGAAGCGCUGCGUAAACUGCUCUUAGAUAAAUUCCAACGGCUUCACGAAGAACUGAACUCGUUAAGACGAAAAGAAUUGGUUGCCGCUGUCUCGUUUAUGGAAAAUGGAUACGAGCUGUUUCUGAAAGAUCCAGUGGAGGCAAAGAAGGAGUUUACAAAAGCACGAGAUGCCGCCCAAAUGGCUUUCGGGGUUGUGGCCGAGACCAGCGAUAAGCUACUAGCAACGAAAAUAUUGCUAGCAUCCGCUAUGCAUGAAUUCGAUGAUAAAAUUGAUACGGCCAUUUCGCUUUCUUUGAAGUAUGUGUCAAGAUUGAACAGCUUGCCAGAAAUCGUGGACACAUGUGGUACGUAUCUGCGGAAAGGUGUCGGUAGUCGUUUCGGAGCCAUCGGAUCGGGCAAGAAGUUAGAACUACUGAAAGGUCUAUCGGAAAUUAAUCGAAAUGUUUGGGAGUUUGUGAAACGAAAUGAUCCAGAAUUUGAUGAAACUAAAUGGCCUAGCGUACGAUGUGCCGACAGGCUUUUGCAGCCUGUUUUUGAGUUGCUGCCCUUACGAGAUUGCCAGGAAUUAACGAGAGAUGACUCUGGCUUGGGGACACCUGUGGCAAUGGCUGUUUGUGGCAAGAAAUUGUUUGUGUCACGCUCAAGUCCUAAUAAUCAGUCCUUGGACAAUGCAAAUUCCGUUGAAGUUAUUGAUUUGGAUGCCGAGAAGGUCACGAUGUUGGCAGGGCAUUCUGCAGUUAUUUUAGCUCUAGUUGCUGUCGGGGACAGAGUCUUUUCAGGAUCAUAUGAUAGGUCAGUGUUGGUUUGGGAUGCAUUAACUUUAAGCCUUGUUCAAAAACUAGGCGAGCACGAUGGGGCGGUUCGAAGUAUGGUUACGAAUACGACCAUGCUUUUUACAGCAGGUUCUGAUAAAGUGAUAAAAUGCUGGGAUUUGGCGACGCUCGGGUGCGUUAUCACGCUAAGUGGUCACAUGUUUCCUAUAUCGCUUUUAACAUUUCAGCACCAUCUCUUUUCAUAUGCACCUGGUGAGGGGAUUCGAGUUUGGAAUGUCAAAACAUGGAAUGUUAUCAGCACCAUCCCUGAUUUGGGGAAUGUUACAUCAAUACAGUGUUCCAUUCAGUCGAAACUCUUUGUCCACUGUGGAUCAGAUGUUAAAGUGUUCAACCUCGGCAGCAGUAAAGAAGAGGCGACCUUAAAGAAUGUUGGUAAGGUUUCGCUCCGGUUUCCCAGACGGAAGAUCAUCGGUUUCUCCGGAGAUAACAUGUACGUUCAUGAUCUUCAAACAUCCAAAUGUCUUCUAAAUCAAGCUCUUAAGUUUGAGAAGAGCAUUGAAGUUUCAUUGAUGCAUUUUAGUUAUGAUUUAGGCAUGUUGUUCCUCGGCGGGACAGUGAAAGAUAGUCGAGAAGGAAUUGUUGUUUGUCUUUGA